CUUUGGGCCGGAUACCCGAACUUCAGUACCAUCGUUUACCCUGCUCUGUUCCUUUCCGUCCGUUUAAUGGAGAGGAAGUAGGAACUGUGGAGACUGGAGAGACGAGACAACAGAACUACCGGCUGGAACACGCUCUGGAGAGGUCUGCUCUGUCGCCGUUCCCGCCGCCGCCAUGGCCCUCCACAAGAACAAAAUGUUCGGUCUGAGACUCCUGACUCGCUUCCUCAGUUCUCCGGGCCAGAAAGGCUUCCAGCACACGAACCCUCGGACACUCGAGACCCUCGCUUUCGAAGAGGUGCGAUCAUCUUCCACAGACAAACCCCACACUUACACGGCUUUCGUUCUCCAUGGGCUCUUGGGAUCCAGACGCAACUGGCGCGCCUUCUCCCGCAACAUCGCUUCCUUCCUCUCCAAAUCCUCCCCUCCUUCUGAGUGGAGGAUGGUGCUUGUGGAUCUGAGGAACCAUGGGAAGUCUGCGGAGGUUGAAGGACUGGACCCACCUCACAACAUGUUCACUGCAGCGAAGGAUUUGGCGAAUUUGGUUAAAGCUCAAGGUUGGGAUUGGCCUGAUGUUGUUAUGGGACACUCGAUGGGAGGUAAAGUGGCGCUGCAAUUUGCCGAGAGUUGUGCUCGUGGUGAUUAUGGGGAUUCUGCUACGUUGCCAAAGCAGGUACCCUUUCCUCUGUUCAACCUUAAUUGACCUUAUGUUAUGGCCUGAGGUAAUGAAUUUAGUUAGGUGCCUUUCACCUGAGAUUAUGCAUAUGAAUGCUUGUUAGGUCCUUGUGUCCAUCAUUGGGUGGUGGCAAUCUGGUUUUUGCAACAAGGCAUUGUUCUUGUGAGUUGUGUCUUAAAAUUUCCGAAGGAUAUGGUUGAUUUUUACCACAAGAUAAGAUCAAAGACCUUCUGAAAAGCACUCAUUUCCAUUACAAGAUCUCCAUUGCCUGUUGUGUUGACAGAAUCGAAUUAAGACACACAUCAUAUUUUGUCUGUUAAUGCAAAAGUUGGGUUUUCACAAAUGAUUUUGCGGGUAAAGGGUUGUUUAGGUGAGGCCGGUAUAUGUUAGAGGAUCCAUGACAAAUCCACAAUAGUCUUUGGGAUCUUACUGUGUGCACUUCAUGAUCUCUUUGGGGGACGAUUUUUUCGCUAGGGGUUUCAGUUCUAAGGGUUUGAUGAUCCUUUUUAGAUUUGAAGACAAUAGUUGAUUCUUUGUUUGACCUUCUUGAGAGUGCUUUUUAUAUUGUUCAGUUUCGGGAGUUUUUAAGUAUUUUGUGCUCUUAGUAAUGAGUGUCCAGAGGGUUUGUCAUAUGCUUUGUUACAUACCAAGAGAAUACUGAUAAGAGAGGGCUUGUCUCUGAUUGGCGGUUGAUAAUAUCGAUAUUUAAUUUGCAUGGAAAGAAAUUCUUCUGCUGUUAUCAUUUGUUUAUCUGAUGCAGAACAGCUGUGGGUGCUGGAUUCUGUCCCUGGAAAGGUGAGUACAGAUAACAGUGAUGGAGAAGUAGAAAAAGUCUUGAAGACUUUGCAGAGUUUACCUUCAUCAAUUCCAUCAAGAAGCUGGCUUGUAAACCACAUGGUUGAGCUUGGUUUCUCAAAGUCACUAUCGGAAUGGAUAGGCACAAACAUAAAGAAAUCAGGGGAACUGGAGACAUGGGCUUUCAAUCUUGACGGAGUAAUCCAAAUGUUCGGUUCUUACAGGGAUACUUCAUAUUGGUCUUUGUUGGAACAUCCACCGAAAGGGAUGGAGAUAGGACUUGUAGUUGCAGAGAACAGUGACCGUUGGGAGCCGGAUGUGCUCCACCGAAUAGAAAGCCUUGCCGCAAGGGAAAGUGAUGAAUCGCAAGGAGCAUUUUCACUUCAUGUUCUUCCCCAUUCAGGGCAUUGGGUUCACGUGGACAACCCAAAGGGACUGCUUGAUAUAGUGGCACCAAGGAUUGCUUCCAUCUCAGCGUAAAUAAAGCAAGGAGGUGUCUGUUUCUGGUAAAAAUCAAGAGUUGUGUAUCUAGGGUCUGGAUUGAGAAGAUACUUUGGACAUGUCUUUUUGAUUGAACUUUUUUUGGGGGGAAGUUUAUUUCUUUGGUUGUGGGCUUGUGGUGUGGCCUCAGGUAGCCUUCCGGUUCAGAAGAAAAUAUAUGGCUUUGUUAAUCUUGUUUCCUUUGGAUUAAUACCUUAUUUUAUAUAAUCAACUUUGGCUCUGGUUUCAGAAAUUAAUUUACUGGUUUCAACUAUGUAACAUAUAGACUCAAUUGGCCCGACACAUGGUUUGACCGUUAAUUUGGACGGUCAACACCAUUGACCUUUAGUUAAGAUGUCAUUUCAUUGCCUCGUCAGCCUAAAAAUCAUUAAAAAAUUUAAAUGCAAAUUAUUUUUCUAAUUCC